GAAAAUCCCUCCUGAGUCGCUGUGACGUUGCCACUGGUCACAUUGCGAGUUCAGUUGCCACGGUGAGACGAGCUGGCGAAGAAGGAUGUCGAGUGGGUGUGCUCGUGACACAAAUAGUGAUCUUGUUGUGAUGAAGUGUGAGGGAAGAGAAUUCACUCCAACAUAGAUUAAAAUCGCGAAUAUGUAAUUGAGCAGCUGACAAGAAAAACAAGCGCAAAAAAGCAUUGGAAGGAGAGCCAAAGUGGAAAAGCUCAUUGUUUCUGUGUUCGUAGUAUCAAAUAUACUGAAUCCUCAAUGGGCUGAAGUGGAGGAAAUACUUUUAAUGUGAUCGAGUGCACUCGAUUAAAAAAAAGCAUCGCGCAUAGUUUAUUAAAAUAUACCCUAAAUAGAUAAGAGCAUAAAAUAUUAAUAUAUAAAUAAAUUGAAAAGAUUUUUUAAAAGCCAAAAAUUGUUAGAGUGCAUGUAAAUAAUUUAAUGAUUAAUAACAAUAAUUUUUGUAAUACACACAACACGGCUAAAAAUAAGGAGGGAAAAUGUCCAAUUCGCCGGAGAAUAAUAAUGAUAUUGCAAAGAAGAACGGCAGCAGAGAGAUCGCUGAUCUGUUCAGCGAUGCUCUGUUUGAUCGUAAAGGAAUUAAUGGCCACUACACUCCAGCUGAUAAUUACAGACCAUUUACAAUUUUUGGACAUGAAAAUGAUAAUGACAGACUGUCGGUGCUGCCAGCUUCCACGACAGGCUCCCUAAGCUCAAUCACCACGACGUCCGUGGCAUCUUCGGAGCCGGAUCGAGGACUAGAGCCGGGCGGCGGCGGUGGCGAUGGCGAUGAGAAGCUAACGAGGAAGGACGAUCUGCCCUACAGAACGGAGGAAUGGUGGCAAACGACUCUGCAAGUGUCCAUCCCCUUCCUGAUUGCCGGGAUUGGGACGAUUGGUGCUGGAAUCAUUUUGGGACGUGUUGAGCAUUGGAAGGUCUUCAUCCACAUUUCGGAGUUGUUCAUCCUGGUACCGGCUCUGCUUGGCCUCAAGGGAAAUCUAGACAUGUGCCUGGCUUCUCGGCUGUCGACACAAGCAAAUCUUGGCAAUAUGAACUCCGCACGAGAGAUUGUACAAAUGGUGAUUGGGAAUAUCGCUCUGGUUCAGGUGCAAGCGACAGUGGCGGCCUUCAUUGUGGCAGUUUUUGCCAUCAUCGUGGGUGCUGCUAUGAAUGGGAACUUCGAAUUUGAUCACGCUAUGCUCCUGAUUGCCUCCAGUAUGUUUACAGCGACAUCAUCGUGCUUUGUUUUAGACUUCGUAUUAGUGGCUGUGAUAUUACUAUCUAGUAGAUUUAGAAUGAAUCCGGACAAUUUGGCCACUCCGCUGGCGGCGUCCAUUGGAGAUGUAGUCUCAAUCAGUCUAUUAUCUUUUAUUGCAUCUUUGCUUUUUGAGAACUUAGAAACUCACAUUUGGGUGACUUUCGUCGUGGUGGCCGGAUACUUUAUCCUGCUGCCUUUCUGGAUUUAUCUUGUAUUUCGCAACAAGUAUACGAGACCUGUGCUGUCAACUGGCUGGGUGCCUGUCCUAUCAGCCCUCUUUAUCAGUGGACUCGGCGGUCUGGUCCUCGAUGCCGCUGUCGGUGUUUACGAUGGUUUCGUCGUGUUCCAGCCCAUUAUAAAUGGAAUUGGUGGCAACCUUGUAUCGGUGCAAGCCUCAAAGAUAUCAACGAUGCUUCACCAGAGCUCCAUUCUCGGCAUCAUUCCGCCACAUGCGAACAUCUUCGAGCUACCCUGGAGGGCACUAUUCAAUGGAGUUCCUUAUGCCAAAUCAGCGAGAAUUCUCAUCCUGAUGUCAAUUCCUGGACAAGUGCUAUUCAUUUUUGUUGCUGACUACAUUCACAUGUCGUCGUCAACCAUAGGAGUUCCGUUUGUAGCCUCUUACCUGACAGUCAGUUUGAUUCAAAUAAUGUCCCUGCUGUACAUCGCCCACAUCAUCAUCCACGCCAUGUGGAAGUGGAAGAUUGACCCAGACAACUCGGCCAUUCCCUACUUGACAGCUCUCGGUGAUUUGCUUGGCUCUAGUCUCCUACUUAUCGCCUUCUUCUUCCUCACCACCAUCGGCCACGACUACGGUGAGGGCCAGGAGGCCAUCGGACCGCCCACGGCCGACUCCCAGCACAGCUCUGACAUCUUCGGGCCGUACUGAGGGCAAGACAGAACAACAGUUUAAAGUGUAGCCUUGUGUAAAUGUGUGUUGAUCAAUUCAUUUAAUUUGUUACCAACUCUAUAGUAUUUUAGUCCUCUCUCAUGAAGAACAAGAAAGCUAGCUAAGACAAAUGAACCUGCGAGAGGAUUGAAUUUAUUGCGUGGGAGGAAAUGAAGAGCGAUAAACUGCUAGUGUAAUUCUGGAAUCUUUUAGAUACAAAGUUAGAAGCCCAUUGAUGUUAUACAUAAUACAAAGUAAUUUAAUUUAUGUUUUUUCACUAUUCUUUUUUCCGUGUGUCCUCUCCGUUUUAGUCAAUUGUAUAGAAUAUUGUGCUUGGCAACACCUUUUAAUUGCAACUUCGAAUUUAGCCACCAAACUUAGGAAUCUUUUGAGGAACUUUUGAGUUUAUAACGGCAGAUAGAAAGCUUCAGCAAUGCGUGAGCUUCACAAGCCCAUGCGACUUCGAAAACAGAUUUGAUGGACCUUCAAAUUGACUUUCCCUAAGCAAUUGAAUUGUAAAUUUCUCGAAUAAAAUUGUCUUCAUUUAAUUUAUCCAUUCACAUUUUUCCUCUUUCAUUUUUUUUCACCUCCUGUGAAAUCUGUCUUCGAAGUGAUAUAUGAUUUAAACUUGGUCUUAGGCCAAAACAUUGUUUCAGAAUGGAUGUACAGGUAAAAGCUGAGCUUUGCUCACGGGACAGACGAAAUCCCAAGGCUCAGAGAGAGAAAAUAAUGUUCCAAGUCACUUCUCAAGAGUACCUCAGUGUGAAAACUAAAGUAUUUAACAACCGUAGAGAUUUCCCAAAGAGUUUCCUCUUGGACCCAAAUGUCCAGAGAUGUCCAAGGAGUAGUUGUAGUAAUCACAAAUGUUGUUGUGAUUGUGAGAAAACCCUUUGAAGGUUCGACCAUGUCCUUAUUGAAUGUUAGAUGAUAAUUUUCGCUCCUCGGUUUGGCGCAUUUAUUGCUUCAUCAAUGUGAAUUGUUUGUACUUGGAAAUUGCACAGUGGAAAAAGCAACUGUAUCGACCUAAGAAUUUAGCAGCUUUUUCAAUCGAAUUUCCAAGCGCCUCUUUACCAGUGAAUUGACUCAAUUAUUUCCUGAAUUUGUGAUCAAUUUGAUGACAAUAACAAAGAAGAGGAAAAAUCGACUAAAUGGCAAGCCAAUUGAAAAUGUCUGUGGAACAAUCGAGUGAAUAAAGUUAAUAGGAAAUACGCAGAGAGGUUAUUUAGGAGCGUUUGUAAGAUGAAAAACAAAUGGAGUAACAUAUUUUGUGAUACCUCGUGUAAAAAAAAAUUGCAAGGAAAGGUCAAAAGAUGUAAACUGAGGAUGGAUGCUUUAAACAAACUCAUUUGCUGUGUCUUAUCUUGUUCUUUUCACAAAUUUCUCACAAUAAAUUUCUCAGCACGACACUGUAGAAAAUACCAGAGAGAAGGGAUAAAAUUAAGGAUUAGGUAAAAAUGUGAGAGAAUCGCUGGUCAGAAUCUCCAACACUGUUGUUGCAUUUUCUUUUACAUGAGAGAAAUAAAGAAAUAAAUAUUAGAGAAAAA